GACAUGAAGAAGUUUGCACCGACCUGCCGCUUUAACCAUGAGUUCCUAUGUCGGCGCACGGAUCUAGGCUCAUGACAAUCUGUGGUCGCAUCGUGACACACGUCUUGAUUAUGCCGAGAUAAACGCACAUCCUGCUCUCCUCUAUGCGAUCAUGGCAUGUGAUGCUUCUUCUCAGGAGGACUUCCCGGGUGAAGUGAUGCCCAGACCUCUGCCGUGCACAUGCAACAAGAAGUGCAAGACUAGAAGCAGCAGCGCUAUAUUCUUUGGAUUAUUCCUGCUGUCUCUGUCUCUGCAUGUCAUCACGCUCGUCUGCUAUCUGGAUCUGCGGUCAGAAGUGAAAAGGGAAAUAGUUCACCAAAAAAGAGACUCGAUAUGGAGUGGAGGUGAUUUGCCCGACGCCCCGGCGUUCUCACACAGCUCCCAGCCAGCGAACCCCGGCAGCGUCGGAGAGGGUCGUGAGGAGGAGCAGUUACUCUACAGACCGAGUGACAUCCAGGGCCCAGAAGACCGUAGGGGCAUAACACAGCGGUCAAAAAGAAGCCCUAGUAAGCAGUCUGAUUCAGAAUCAACUGGAAAGGAAAGACGAAAAGAGAAGAGAAAAGGAAGGAAGAGGUCUCCGGGUGCGCAGGGGCCUCCCGGCCCCCCCGGCCCCCCAGGGCCGCAGGGGCCCCCAGGCAUCCCAGGGAUCCCUGGCAUCCCUGGGAGCAAUGCUGUCGGCCCAGCCGGACCACCCGGGCCCCCUGGCCCUCAAGGACCUCCAGGCCUCCAAGGUCCAGCAGUGACUGCUGACAAGACCAAAACAAAGGAAUUUCAGCCGGCAGUGGUGCAUCUGCAAGGGCAGGAAACGACCAUCCAAGUGAGGGAAGAUCUGUCCGAGGGCGUCCUGCGGAACUGGAAGAUGGUCUCCAUCCACCACCGCGUCUUCAAGAUGCACUCUCGCUCCGGGGAGCUUGAGGUGCUGCUGGAUGGGGUCUACUUCAUAUAUAGUCAGGUAGAAGUUUACUAUCUGAACUUCACGGACAUCGCCAGCUACGAGGUGAUGGUGGACUCCACGCCGUUCCUGCGAUGCACCUGCAGUAUCGAGACGGGCCAGCGCAAGUUCAACACCUGCUACACUGCCGGGGUGAGCCUACUGCGUGCCGGCCAGCGGAUCUCCAUCCGCAUGGUGUACGAGGACACCCUCAUCAGCAUGACCAACCACACCACGUUCCUCGGCAGCGUUCGCCUCGGCGAGGCGCCAUCUGCUGGCCAACACUGACCACUGCAGGGAGCCGGUGAAGGGCCCGGCUCAGGAAGUGCCGCAAAGCGGCAACCCCCACCCCAAAAAAAGAGAAAUAAUCAUUUGCGGAGUCCGACUCCGCAAUCAUCCUUUCCACUAAUGGUCCCAGUAGCGUGUAACGGGGAAGGAUUAUCAGAAUAACACGAUUUGUUUAAAGAGGCAACUCCUCAAACCCCAUAAAAAAAACCCUGCUGGCGAGAAAUAUGAGGCCAUUUGUUGAGAGCCUGUCGAGAAGGAACUGUAGAACUUUUUGAUCUGAGAAACAUUUCUUUUUGAGGAAGCCAAUCUGUGACUUUUUGUUUACUUUCCCUUAUUCUGUGUUCUGGAACAGAAGAGGGGUCUUGGGCAAGGACGCCGAGCUUCUCACGAAAAGACUCAACGGCCCCUCGUUAUUUAUAGACAUGGAGUAGUUUUUUUUACACUUAGGCAUUUCUUUUUUUAUAUUGAGGAAGGACACUGCGCUGACACAUACUUUAUAUUUACGUACCUUACUUGCUGUCAAAUGAUAACCUUGUAUCUCCAGAAAAAAGGGCUACUCAAAGAGUAAUGAAAAAUGACUAAGUAUCGGACUGUAGGCGUUGGCUUUUCAAAAUAAAAUAUAUGUAGGAUGUUCUCAGCAUCUGUGGCCUGUGGAUUGCAAAUUGAAAAAUAAAACAUGUAAAGUGAAACCAGAAAUUGAUUUCCCUCCUAAAUGGAUUUAAAGGUGUUCACAAGAUGGCAGCACUAUGUAUUUGCACAUAUUUGCACUACAGCAUCCGGAAUAUCAGUGAUAUGUUGUUAUUUUUUAACAAUGCAAUUGUUUAGCUACCGUAUGAAUGAAUCCAUGUUGAAAAAUGAUAGUUAUGUUUAUAUGUCACUGUAUAUAUUGUAUAUAAAAUGGGAUAUACUUUUUGUAAAUUGAUUUGAUUGAUGGAUUAAAAUGUUUCAUUUUUUGCCUUAAA